AUGGCGCUCUCAACAGUACUCUCUCCCAAUCUACCUCUUAAAACCCCAUCCAAAUUCAUACCCUCUUCUCAAAUUCAUUGUCUUCGCACUUCCUCUCAAUUCUGGACAAUCCCAUUUCGCCAUUCUGUGAUCGAAACAUCCCCAUUAAAGCUUGGAUACGCCGCUUUCCAUGAGAAGAGUUUCAGUUCCGGGUUCCCAUUUCACCAUAGCAGGAAGUUUGGGUUUUCGCUUAAGGCUCAGAAGGAUGGGGGAAUGGAUAAAGAACCGAUCUUGGACAAAGCCGAAGAGGAGGCAAGGGGGCAGAGCACUAUGCCUGAUAGGUUCAGACACUUAACUAAGGAGGCCCCUGAAAAGCCUGUUAGGUGGCCUUGGCUUAUAGCAUUGGCUUUUGGACUUUAUGCAUGGAGAACCGUGUUGUGGGAGCUAUCUAACUGGAAGAAGGCUGCAGUUGCUAUUGUCCAGUUCCUCGGUUACAUUUCAAAACUUGCCCUAGCCCUUGUUCUCUAUUUUUUCAGGCAUCCUAUUACAUCCUUGAUUGAAGGUUUUGAGACAACCUUUUACGCCAUUCGAGCAUCCUACUCAUGGGUUAUAAAUUAUGCUCCCAUUCAGGAGCUGACAACAAUUAUUAUCCUAUCAUCGGCGGUGCUUGCAAUAUCAGAAGCUACUGUUCCAGAUUCUGUGAACAGCCAGCCAUAUCUUCUCACAAUCACAGGGUUAGUUGGUUUUGCUGCCGUAAGGAGCUACAUCACUGAGCUAUUCUUUUGGAUAUUACUGUUAGGAAUGUUCUGUUUUGCACGUUUUGUGAAGAAGAAAGAUUAUGUUUCCUCUGCAAUGCCUGUAGCAGCUGUGUUGGCUGCUGUAGGAGAGCCGUGGAUUAGAGUUCUAGCUCUUGGUUCGUUUCUUGCCCUUGCCAUAUUCCAGCAUUUCAACCAGCCCUCAAUUUCUAGUGAAGAUUCGGAUGCUGGAAUAGUUAGAAGAGUUCCAAUACCCCUUCUGUGUGCUGCAUUGGCUAUAGGUGUACGUAUUGCUGUUAAAUGGGCUGGCUAUCGGCAUCUCACUUGGAUGAGUGUUUGA